GAUCUUAAAAAAUUGUAGGAAUUCAGAAAAUAAUCUGAAAAAAAUCUUUUUCGCGGCGACAUCCCUAAGAACAUGCAACCGAACGAGAAACUAAGAACAAACUAAGAAAAGGUCUAUAAAUAUAACUCUCCGUCGGCUCUGGGAUGAUAUUUGCCUUCUGACAAACCACCCCGUCCCAUUUUAUAACCGAGGAAGAUUUUUCCUUUUUAUUUGCCUCGAUGCACAACGGUUGAGAGCUUAGUGGUUUCAUUGUACUGAUAACAAUCCUUCCACCCGUAUUUCUACCAUUGCCAUCGUCAUCGUCACGAGGACGGAACUGGAUGCGAAUCGUGCACCCGGCUGAACCCUUACCGGAACCAUCGGCAGCGACGACACCCAGAACAGAGGAAAUAGCUCACCUGGUAUGGAGAUAAUCCCGAUGAUGGUUGUCUUGAUUUGUGCCAGCAGUGCUCCAUGGUGGGAGGCAUCCGCUCUGGAGCUUCGCAUUCCCGGAUUGGGGAAGAUAAACGUGGAUUUUGUCACGGACUCGCCGGCUGUGGGCGAUGACUCUGCGAUGGGCGAUCAGACCAAGGGGCAAGGAACAGCUGAAAAUCCAGGAGAAUCUGUGACAACUGGAAAUGAGGAAGUUACAACCAAGAAAGCUGACGCAACGACAGAUGAAUCUGAGGAAAAACCAAUGACAGAAGCAGCAAACGAAGAAGUGGCUGCGGCUCUAACCAAGAACCCUAAAGCUAAGAAGAGCAAUGCGAAGCAAAGUAAAACAACGCCAAAGAAAGAAAGUGAAGCAACAACUGAAAAGAUUCAAGCAACCACGCAAGCACAAACUACGGAGAAAAAAGAAGUUGACAAGUCAUCAUCCGAGAAGGGCAAAGAAGUUACAACCGAACCAUCGGAAUCGGAAAAGCAACCAUCUACAGCCCAACCGGAACAAACCCCAGACCCAGCAUCAGAGGAAAAACAAACAACGAAAGCAGCAAAUGAAGAAGUGACUGAGGCUCCAAAACUAAAACCAACGAAAGCGGCAAAACAAAAGAAGACAAAGGCGACCAAAGCGAUUCACAGUAAAACAACGCCAAUGAAACCAAAUGAAGCAACAACUGAAAAGGCUAAAGCAACCACGCAAGCACCAACUACGGAGAAACCAACUGAGCAAUCACCAGAAACAAGUCCAGACGACGCCACUACAGAAGCCGCCGAAGGUGAUGACGACGGUGACGAUUUCGACAUGGACGACAUCUGGGAUGACGUGGAAGAUCCACCGGAGGAGUUCGGUCGGCAGUACGAUCUGGAUCCGAAGCUGCUCGAUUCGGGCAACGGUCUGGGCGACUUUCAACCGAAGCUGGAGCUGCCUCCGGACAUGACCAAGGACAUGUUCUACGAGGAGCAAGCUGAUGCGAUAGAUCCCAACGAUGAUCCAGAUGAGAAAGGAGGUUUCUUCGAUCGACUGCGGAAGUUCUUCAGCAUCGGGAACCUCAUAGAGCAACUGGACACCAUUCCGGGGAAGAUCCAGUCGCUGAUGGAUCAGUUGCGGCAGAAAAAAUCCGAUGGGCUGAAGAAGUUGCGGGAGAAACUAGAUAAAAGCAGUGAGACGGUAGGUAGCAAGAUAUCGGAAGCGUUUGCGAAGUUGAAGCCGUCCAAGCAAAGGCCGCCUCAACAGUGUUUGGAGAGCAUUCAGAAGAAGUUUCAGCACUACGAAGCGGCGCUGCAGCAGGCGGUCGAACCGUGUUUUGAGAAGGCGCGAAGCGUGAUGGAAAAGCAGGAAGGUGCGCUUGCGAAGGCAGUGGGAAGGUUCAAUCAAAUGUUGACGGACAUGCAGAGCUGUGCACAGAAAUUGGAAGGAGGGCCGAUCAAGACUUUGGUCAAAUCGAUUCUUAACAUGGGAACUUGUACGAAGAACAAUAUCAAAUCGCAAAUAGGACAAGCUUUGCAGCCUCAGAUGGAGCGACUGUCAGAGCUGAUACAGCGGCAGGGUUCAGCCAUGCAGGGAAACAUGAAUGCAACCGGUGUAUGCGUUGAACGAAAGCUUCAGAUCCCGAAGUUCCAGAAACGGUGGCAGGAUCUGGUGACCGAUGGCAAACGGUGUCUGGAACGUAGUCGAGAAUAAAGCUGAAAUUAGAUCAAGGUGGUUUGUGAAUCCAAAAAUUCCAGAAUUUACAGAAUUUUUUGAGCAAUCAUUUACGAUUUUUGGCAUCACCAUUGGGUAACCAUGUAAUAUAUAGUUCGAAUAAAAUGUAUCGUGAAUUGAAGGUUAUAAAAAAGUUGACACGUCAUAUCUACAGUA